GGAAAGGAGGACAGAGAGACAAGGGGGAAAGACUGUGUCUGUAUGGUGGGGAGGGGACAUUUCCUGGCUCCAUCUUAUCUAUCCUAUUUAUCACAACACCUCCCUCCAGUAGGCAGGGUACAUUUUCACACCCACCAAUCCUACCAAGGUCUCCCAGAUGCUCGAAUGGUAUAGCCCUGAAUCCUAGGAAGAGAGAAAGAGAGAAGCAGAGUGGGGGAGAUUUUGCAGGGAUGUUUAAUAUUCAGGUCAUGUGACCAUGGCAGCGGCAGUAGCAGCAGCAUCCCUGCUUAUCUGAAAUAUCCAUUGAAGAAGAAAAAGAAGACAGAGAGAGAGAGAGAGAGAGGCAGAGAGAAUUAGAAUCUCGUUAGACAACCUUUUGGGCAGAGCAGAGUAAGGAGGAACCCCACCUCGAAAAAUCACACCCAGAGACAAAGAAAUAUUCAUGUUCAAAGGUCCAGCAGAUAUUAAGCCUGAAACAGCCAUGUCUGAGCUGGUGCCAGAGCCCCGGCCCAAACCAGUAGUGCCAAUGAAACCUGUUGGUAUUAACUCUAACCUGCUGGGCUACAUUGGGAUCGAUACCAUCAUAGAGCAAAUGCGCAAGAAGACUAUGAAAACUGGAUUUGACUUCAACAUCAUGGUUGUAGGCCAAAGUGGACUAGGAAAAUCAACACUUGUGAACACCCUGUUCAAAUCUCAAGUGAGCCGCAAGUCUUCAGGUUGGAACCGUGAAGAGAAGAUCCCCAAAACAGUAGAAAUCAAGGCAAUUGGACAUGUUAUUGAAGAAGGGGGUGUCAAAAUGAAGUUGACAGUUAUUGAUACCCCUGGAUUUGGUGACCAGAUCAACAAUGAAAACUGCUGGGAGCCCAUUGAGAAAUACAUCAAUGAACAAUAUGAGAAAUUUCUGAAGGAGGAAGUUAAUAUUGCAAGGAAGAAACGAAUCCCGGAUACGAGAGUCCACUGUUGCAUCUACUUUAUCUCUCCCACAGGUCACUCCUUGCGACCCUUGGAUCUAGAGUUUAUGAAGCACUUGAGCAAAGUAGUAAACAUCAUCCCAGUUAUUGCCAAAGCAGACACCAUGACUAUGGAGGAGAAGAUUGAGUUCAAACAGAGGGUCCGCAAAGAACUAGAAGUCCAUGGAAUUGAAUUUUAUCCCCAGAAAGAGUUUGAUGAAGACCUUGAGGACAAGACAGAGAAUGACAAAAUUAGGCAGGAAAGUAUGCCAUUUGCAGUGGUGGGCAGUGACAAAGAAUAUCAAGUGAAUGGAAAAAGGGUCCUGGGCAGGAAAACACCCUGGGGAGUCAUUGAAGUGGAAAAUCUCAAUCACUGUGAAUUUGCCCUACUCCGUGAUUUUGUCAUUAGGACCCACCUUCAAGACCUAAAGGAGGUAACACACAACAUCCACUAUGAAACUUACAGGGCUAAACGACUGAAUGACAAUGGGGGGCUUCCGCCGGUGACCGUAGAGAUAGAAGAAAAUCAUGAAAGCAACCUGUGAAUGACCUAUCUGGUCUGCUAUCACCUGCUGUCUCUGAAUUAUAACCAUCACACCACCCUUACCCUUGAUUUGAAUUCAGGCCUCUCUUUGAAGCAUGUGGAAUAUCCUUUGUGUGUGCAUAUGAGGAAAGAACCAGGGGCACAGCUCCCAGCUUUCCCCAAAUGGUUCUUUCCCCCAAUCUGGUUCUUUUUUAUUAUAUGAAUUUUGUAUUUUGCACAGCAGACACUAGCCUUCCGUUGACACAUAUUCCAAGACUCUCAACUAGGCAUCGUGAUUGUGGGAAAUAUUGAAGGGAAGUGAUUUGAUCUCUGGGAUCACUUGGAAUGUCUGCCAGGGAAAAAUGAGACUGGUGUAAAGAUGUUGAACGUACUACGGGAACUACAGAGCCAUACUUUGGAUGUGAGCUUCAUAGGGCUGGAAGAGAUUGGGUUGCAAUGCAGUUGUGUUGGGUGGCUUAUUCUAUACAAUUACUUCUCAGUGUGAAAGCAGGAAAAAAUGACAUUUGGAAAUAAGUUCCAGUGAAAUCAGUGAGAGAGAU